AUGAGCCGAGGAAGUGGAGGCGGCUACGAUCGUCACAUCACAAUCUUCUCGCCGGAAGGUCGUCUCUUCCAAGUCGAGUACGCUUUCAAGGCAGUGAAGGCGGCUGCUGUUACAUCGAUAGGCGUUCGCGGCAAGGAUUCCGUCUGCGUAGUCACCCAGAAGAAGGUUCCGGACAAGCUUCUGGAUCAGACUAGCGUCACCCACCUUUUCCCUAUCACCAAGUACCUUGGGUUGCUGGCGACGGGCAUGACAGCUGAUGCAAGGACUUUGGUCCAACAAGCAAGAAAUGAAGCUGCUGACUUCCGGUUUAGAUAUGGCUAUGAAAUGCCAGUCGAUGUAUUGUCAAAAUGGAUAGCAGAUAAGUCACAGGUUUAUACACAACAUGCCUACAUGAGACCGCUUGGAGUAGUUGCUAUGGUUUUGGGCAUCGACGAUGAGAAGGGGGCUCAACUUUAUAAAUGUGACCCAGCUGGACACUUUUUUGGACACAAGGCCACAAGUGCUGGGUUGAAAGAACAGGAGGCUAUAAAUUUUCUGGAGAAGAAAAUGAAAAAUGAUCCUGCAUUCUCCUAUGAUGAAACAGUGCAGACUGCCAUAUCUGCUUUGCAAUCUGUUCUGCAAGAGGACUUUAAGGCCACUGAGAUUGAGGUGGGAGUGGUGAGAGCGGACAAUCCAGUUUUCAGGGUUUUGUCUACUGAGGAAAUAGAUGAACACUUGACUGCCAUUAGUGAGCGCGAUUGA